AUUACUGCACGUUGUGUGGCCUGUAUGUCUGCAGGUUACACACACAGAUUGGUGGCUGCGCAACUUCUUAGGCCACCAACGACAUUGUAAUUCAGUUUAUCAAAUGUAGUGUUUAAGACGAAACGACUUAGUAAUUUCAUUUUCCCUUCAUUGUUUUGAACAAAACUAAGGAAAAGAGGGGUUCUGAAAAAGUAUCCGAAGAAGAGAACGGCGAAAAUGGCGGUCGACAGACGAGACGAAAAAGAUGGAGAACUUAAUGUUCUGGAGGAUAUUCUUACUGAAGCGCCCGACCAAGACGACGAACUCUACAAUCCAGAGAGUGAACAUGACAUCAGCGACAAAAAAGGAUCCAAAAGGAAGAAUACCAGAGGAGAUGGACAGGAAUCUAAGCGUUUGAGGUCCUCAGGACACUCGACCAGACAGCUCAUGAAAAGGGGAGGCCCACCCAGUGGGGCCAAUGGGAAAAAACUGACAAACCCCAGGGGCCGACACGUCCCUGAGGAGUUCUACGAUGACCGGAAGAACCACGGGGCGAGGGGCAGCACCUCCAGAGGAGACCCCCUAAAAGGGCACAGUGACAAACCGCUCACCCGCAGCAGAGACGCACAGAGGAGGAUAAAGCCCCUCAUGCCCGAGUUGUCUGAGAAGUUACGGCGCACGAGUGAGGAGAGCGCAGGACAGGCUAGCCGCUCCUCCAAAGACGGCGCCCAAUCAGCGGAGUACGCCUCCGACCAGGAGACGGGCAGCUCAGCUGCGUCCUCCGAGGGCCAGCGCUCCGACCUGGAAGAGGAGGUGGAGGAGGAAGAGGAGGUGAUGGAAGAAGAGGAGGAGGAAGAUGGAGAGAAAGGUGGCGAGGAAGAAGAAGAGGAGGAGGAAGAAGAAGUUGACGAGGAGGGCGAGGAGGAAGAGUACGAGAUCGAGGAGGAUGGCGACCAACGGGAGGAAGCGGAGCAAAACGACUAUGACACACGUAGCGAGGCCAGCGACUCCCGGUCCGAGUCGGUCUCCUUCUCAGAUGGCGAGUCUGUGCGCUCCGGAUCGGGCUCUGAAGCCUCAGGUUCAGAGAAGAAGAGAGAAAAACUUCCAUCUUCUGUCCGGGCUGUUCGGAAAGAUCAGACCAGCAAGCUUAAAUACGUUAUUCGAGAAGCCAGAUUCUUCCUCAUCAAGAGCAACAACCAUGAGAAUGUUUCUCUGGCCAAAGCAAAGGGGGUGUGGUCCACGCUACCUGUCAACGAGAAAAAGCUGAAUGCUGCCUUCCGAUCCGCUAGGAGUGUCAUCCUUGUCUUCUCCGUUCGGGAGAGUGGGAAAUUUCAAGGUUUCGCCCGUCUCUGCUCUGAGUCACAUCACGGAGGUUCCCCCAUUCACUGGGUGCUGCCAGCGGGCAUGAACGCCAAGAUGCUCGGCGGAGUCUUCAAGAUCGACUGGAUCUGCAGGCGUGAGCUGCCAUUCACCAAAACUGCCCACCUAUCCAACCCAUGGAACGAGCACAAGCCUGUUAAGAUCGGACGCGAUGGACAGGAGAUUGAGGCAGACUGUGGGACCCAGCUGUGCAUGCUGUUUCCCCCAGACGAGAGCAUUGACUUGUAUCAAGUUAUUCGCAAAUUGCGCCACAAGAGGAGGAUGCACUCAGAGUCCCGCUCCCGGGGCCGACCGGCCCACCGCGAGCCUGCGCCGCGCGACCUGGGAAGGCGUCGUCCAGAGGAAUAUGACAUGCACAACAGGAAACGACCCAGGAUUGACUAUCCUCCAGAGUUCCCUCAAAGACCAGGCUUCAUGCAAGAUCCACGUAAUCCACCUGUUGACAGGCGUUUUUCUGGAGUCAGACGGGAUGUGUUAAUCAAUGGGUCUUACAAUGAUUACAUGAGGGAGUUCCACCACAGCAUUGGACCGCCGCCUCCAUGGCAAGGAAUGGCACCAUACCCUGGCAUGGAGCAACCUCCACACCACCCGUACUACCAGCACCAUGCACCCCCGCCCCAGGCUCACCCACCGUACUCCGGGCACCAUCCCCUACCUCAUGAUGCCCGCUUCCGGGAGAAAAGGGUGGUACGCUCCUCCUUCUCCAGCCUGCAUGACUACGACAUGCGCGUGGACGACUUCUUAAGGCGCACGCAGGCAGUGGUGAGCAGCAGACGGAGUCGCCCUCGUGAGCGCGAUCGGCAGCGGGAGCGAGAGAGGCCACGGGACGCACGCCGGGACCGGGAGAGGGAGCGCGGGCGGGAGCGCGACCGAGAGAGGGAGCGCAUGAGGGAUCGGGAGAGGGAGAAGGAACGAGGGCGCUACCGCAGAUGAAGAGGCCGAACCGAUGGCAAUUCCGUUUAAAACAUCCUUUGUCCGCUUUUUUGUUUUUUGUUUUUCUUUCAGCGCUAGGUAUUCAUUGUUGUGUUGAAAGCCAAGUGAAAUGCAUAACUGUACUUUAUUCCAAUCAGAAUCAUUUUAAAUUUUUAUUUUCAGUUUCGUGUUCAUGUGUAUCAUGCAUGCAUUGUAUAAAACCAGACCCUUGUUAUUUUGACUUUUACCCUUUUUUAUUGAAGAGAGGCUCAUCGUGUUUUUGGCCUAUGAGCAGGGAGAUCAGCCUGUUUGUCCUGUACAUUUUUUACUUGUGUAUAUGUACAUAUUAUCUCCCCCCGGACACAUCAGCCUGUCCCUUGCCUUUGCUUUUCUGUAUGGGUCGUGUAUGAAGAAAGUUUGGUAACCCGCACUUGCCACAGUGUCUUUGUUAUAUGUAGUGGUGUACAUUAAGUGAAGACAUAACUACUAAAAGGAGUAUUGUACUGUACUAGUGGAGAUGAAGGUGUUGUAGCAGUUACCUCUUUUUAGCUUUUUUUCCCCCCUCUUUAUGUUGAUGAGUUGAAACCCCCAAUGUUGGCAUCAACCCACCUCUGUUUUAAGUUACCAGUCAGUACAGAGUUAUUUUGUCUUGAAGAGAGUGUGGGCUGCAGUUGCGCUGUCAAGACUUCUGUGGUGAAUACAAGGUUGUAUCUUUUACUGAUGCUUUUUGUAAAAAAAAAAUAAAACAAAAGGCAUUUA